CCCGCGGCCCGCCGGCGCAGCCGCAGCGGCCGGCGGGGACGUGCGCCGCAAGGUCGCGGUCCUCCUGCCCGUGCCGUCGCCUCGCAGGUCCUGCUCCCCCGCCCGCGCCGCCAAGCCGGCCGCCGGCCCCGCCAGCAGCCCGUUCGCGGCUGCGGCGCCGCCGCCGGCCACAGCGGCCGCGUCCGUGGCGGACUCGGGCAUACUCGGCUCCCACCGCCCUCUCAAGCUCUCGAGCAGCCUGGCCGCCAAGAAGCAGCCGCCUGGCGGCGGCUCGCCGACGCUGUCCCCCCGCUCGGCGCUGGCCGCCGCCGCGUCGCCCUCGCACUCGCCGCGCUCGGCGCUGGCGGCAGCAGCCGCCUCGGCCGCCGCGGGGGGUGCAGGCGCGUCCGGCGCGCCCAGGUUGGGGCUGGCCUCUGCGAAGAGCUCCCCGCUGAUUGUCGCGGGCGAUCUGAGAUCCCUGGGCCUGCGGGGCGUCGGCGCCGCGCUGCCGACGCCCGACGGCGCGGGCGGGGCGGCGACGGGGGAGCGGCAGCGCAAGAAGUGGCUCCAGAGCAUGAGGAUCUGGCCGAAUUGA